AUGUACAGCGCUCAUCGCGGCAUGGUGCCUGCUCCCAACUCCCGUCUGACGGAGUUGUUGGACCAGCUCCGUCAGGAAUUUGAGACUCAGUCUCGCAGCACCGGUGAAUUUGAGCAUCAGUUUACCGGCCAGCUCCAGGAGAUGGAGAUGAUCCGUCAAAAGGUGUAUCAACUGGAGCAGACCCAGGUGAAGAUGAAGCAGGACUACGAAGCCGAAAUUCGCAUGCUGCGACACGAACUCGAGUCGCGCGGAGUGCAGACCGUUUCCCACAUUGCGCCCGCAACACACACAGCUCCUCAAGGCCAGCCGCCGCAGGUCGGCCAUGGCCCACGCGACUUAUUCAGUGGCAUUAUGGCCAACCAAGGAGGUAGUGGUCCCGGUCUUGCCCCUCCCCCUCCCCAGGAUCAGCAGCCUCCCGGGCAUGCCCUUCAACAGCCUGCCUCGGCCGCCCAGCCUGGCCAGCCCCCGCAGAGCUCUUUUGGAGGAUAUCCACCUGGCGCUGCUGUGACCGGUUAUGGUGGUCCCCCCCCUCCUCCCACUGCAUCUCCAGGUCCUGGUAAACGUGGUCGCGCGCCUCCUGGUCCGGCCACUCCCCAACAGACUCAGAUGACUUACCCAACAGACCCUCGUGCUUCUCCUCAGAUCCGUCCCACACCUCCUGGUACCCAAGCGGCACCCAUUGUUCGCCAGGAUCGUCCUGGAAAUAUGCUUGCGAACUGGAACCCUGAGGAUCUGCCUCCGUCGCAGAAGCGUGAGGGACCCGAUUGGUAUGCGGUAUUCAACCCAGAGGUCCAGCGUGUUCUGGAUGUUGAGUUGGUGCACCACCUCAGCCAUGACAGUGUGGUUUGCUGUGUUCGCUUCAGCCGUGAUGGCAAGUAUCUGGCCACUGGUUGCAACCGCUCUGCGCAGAUCUUCGAUGUGACCACUGGACAGAACGUGGCCACUCUGCAAGAUGAGAAUGUUGACAAGGAUGGUGAUCUUUACAUCCGCAGUGUUUGUUUCAGUCCUGAUGGAAAGUACCUGGCCACCGGUGCUGAAGACAAGCAGAUCCGAGUUUGGGAUAUUGCCUCGCGCAGCAUCAAGCACAUCUUCUCUGGUCACGAGCAGGAUAUCUAUUCGCUGGAUUUUGCCGGUAAUGGUCGUUACAUUGCCUCUGGUAGUGGUGACAAGACUGUGCGUCUUUGGGAUAUUCUCGAUGGCAAGCUUGUCUACACUCUCAGCAUUGAGGAUGGAGUCACCACUGUGGCUAUGUCUCCUGAUGGACACUAUGUGGCAGCUGGUUCGCUUGACAAGAGUGUUCGCGUGUGGGAUACUACCACUGGAUACUUGGUGGAGCGACUUGAGAAUCCUGAUGGUCACAAAGACAGUGUGUACUCGGUUGCCUUCGCGCCCAAUGGUCGCGACCUGGUUAGCGGUAGUCUGGACAAGACUAUCAAGUUGUGGGAACUUACUGUUCCGCGGGGCAUGCACCCCCACAGCGGCGUCAAGGGCGGCAAGUGUGUUCGGACGUUUGAGGGACACAAGGACUUUGUUCUUAGCGUCUGCCUGACUCCUGAUGGUCAGUGGGUCAUGAGUGGUUCUAAGGAUCGUGGCGUUCAGUUCUGGGAUCCUGUCACCGGAAAUGCUCAGAUGAUGUUGCAAGGACACAAGAACUCCGGUGAGUCGAAUCCAGCUAUCCCUAUCCCUAUUGUAUGUGUCAAUUCUAAUCUAUUCUCCGCGGAUAUAGUGAUUUCUGUUGCCCCAGCCCCAACUGGAAACCUCUUUGCAACUGGUAGUGGAGACAUGCGUGCUCGAAUUUGGAGAUACUCCAACUACAAUGGACGGUAA